UAAGUUGGGCAAUUAUAACUUUUCAGUAUUUAUAAAUCAAUGGCCACUUGGAGUGUCCUCUUGUUAGCGCUUGUCUUGAGCACUGCUCUAAGGCUGGGUCAAAGUGAGUUCACAGAUCCUGAGCAAAUAGCCAUUGCUGCAACUGAAUGUAAAUAUGGAAAUUGUACAGACUCCUACUCGGGAAUCGUGGUUACAUGGGUGACCUUUAACCGGACAGAGACCUCAGAAGUGCAGUAUGGUAUCCAUAGCGACAAGACGGACCUGUCCAAGACUGCAAAGGGAGAUACCACAAAGUUUGUAGUGGGAGACGUGAAUCGCUUCAUUCACAGGACCACUCUCAGAAAUCUGGUUCCACUAGCGAAGUACGACUACAGAUGUGGCUCCCCUGCCAACUGGAGUCAGGUGCUCACUCUGAGAACCCUGGGAGACCAUACCUCGUCCCCUACGCUGGCAUUCUAUGGUGACUUUGGACUGGAGAAUGCUCGCUCCCUCCCCUGGCUCAUUGACGAUGUUAAUAGAGAACGGUUUGAUGCUGUACUGCAUGCAGGGGACAUGGCAUACAACUUAUUCAAUGAUGAAGGUAGAGUGGGGGAUGAUUUCAUGAACCAGAUACAAGAUGUGGCUUCACGGGUACCGUACAUGGUUGCCCCUGGCAACCACGAGUGGCUCGAUAACUUCACUCACUACAUUCAUCGGUUCAGUAUGCCCGGGAACAAGGAGGGACUCAUGUACAGUUGGACGGUAGGUCCAGUACGAGUUAUCAGCUUCAACACGGAGUUUUACUUUUUCCUGUGGUAUGGCGUAGACCUUAUAAAGUGGCAGUACCAGUGGCUAGAGGAGCAGCUGGCAAUGGCCAACACACCCGAGGAGAGGAACAAACAUCCCUGGAUAAUUACUAUCGCUCAUCAUCCCAUGUACUGCACCACUAUUGACGAAGAUGAUUGUGACCAUUACAACAGUGUGGUGAGAGUUGGCGAGCCAACAGUGCACAAGUUUGGACUGGAAAAUCUAUUCUACAAAUAUGGAGUGGACAUUGAGUUGUGGGGUCAUGAGCACAUCUACGAACGAUUUUGGCCUCUCUACGACUUCACAGUGUACAAUGGCUCCCUGGACGCUCCCUACACUGACCCAAAGGCACCCAUUCACAUUGUGUCAGGAUCAGCCGGUUGCCGUGAAAAACACGCUGGGUUCCAAAAGGAGCAACCUGAUUGGAUGGCAUUCAGAAGCGAAGACUAUGGCUAUAGUAGGAUUAAAGUAUAUAACCACACUCAUGUCACAGUGGAACAGAUCAGUGCCGAUCAGGAUGGCACUGUUAUUGACAAGUUCACCAUCAUCAAACACUACCAUGGACCCUACAAUUGAUUAAGUUGUUCGAAGAAAUGAACGGCAAAUAAAUUAUUCAUUAAUAAUUAUUAUUAUUGAAGUUGUCUACUCAUCAAACUUGUUUUCAAUAUCUUGCAAUAAUUAAGUCGAAUUAAUGGA